AUGUCUGAGAUUCUGGUCAUCACCUGCCCUGGGGGCAAACAAUGCUCACGCCUCAUUCCUUUGCUCUACAACAAGGGCAAAUUCCAGCUCCGACUAGCGGCUCACUCAGCACAGUCUGCCGAGAAACUGAAGAGUCUCUAUCCGGAUGCAGAAGUUGUGACGGUGGAUCUGCAGUCGCUCGCUGAAUGCACAAAGCUGCUUGAGGGCGCCACAGCCAUCAAUGCGGUUCUGCCAAGUCUGCAUUCCCAUGAGAAGGUCAUGGGCUUCAACUUGAUCGAUGCUGCUGUUAUUGAAUCACGACGCGAGGGUAAUGUGUUCAAACAUUUCCUCUUCUCCAGUGUUCUUUCAACUCAACACAGAACUCUGUUGCAUCAUGACCUCAAAAGCUAUGUAGAGGAACAUCUCUUUUUAAGUCCAAUCACUUGCUGGACUAUUCUGAAGCCGGUAAACUUUAUGGACACCUUCCCUCUCGCAAGGCUUGCCUCUCAGGAGAAACCGGUGCUCGAUAAGUGGUGGUCGCCAAACUACGCAAGCAGUCUGGUCUCCCUCAAAGACCUGGCGGAAGUGUCGGCCAAGGUUCUGAAUGAGCGAGAACGCCAUUUCCUGGCCGAGUAUCCCCUCUGCUCGACGACGCCUAUUGCAGAGACGGAGGUGGUCAAGUUGGUCGAGAAGCGCAUCGGAAAGCAAAUCGAGGUUAGAGUUCCAUCUUUGGAAGCUGGGUCGGACAAAUUGAUGGAGUUUCUUUAUGGGGACAAGACUGGAAAGACAGGAAACCAGGGCGAUCCUCGAGGCGACUUGGUCCGAGACACGGUCGAGCGCCUCAUUUUGUAUUACAAUCGUCGCGGACUGCAGGGUAGCCCCAACGUCAUGAGGUGGCUUUUGGAGAGGGAGCCAACUUCGGUUGAGCAAUGGAUUGAAAGUGUGUUGUCUAGCUCUGCUUGA